AUCCAAGACUCCGCCUCCGGGCCGGGCACGUCCGAAGGGCGCCACGUCCUUUGUGGCCAUUGGCCAGAGGGACGAGGGGAGAAGCACUUGUUCAAGAUCGCAGGCAUGGCAUGCUGUGUGGCGCCUGCGGAUCUGCAGGCCCAGCUUGCCGACGCUCAGCGGGCUCUCAACGACUCUCGGCGUGCGCUGGCGCAGACCAAGAAGGCGCUGGCAGAUGCUGAGAAAUACCAGAGAGAGCAGGCGGAGGCCUUCGCGUGCCUCCGGCGCUCGGUGGAUGGAGCCAAUGCGCCCAUCGUGGCUGUGGACAGAUAUGGCCUGAUCACCCGCUGGAACAAGAAAGCGGAGGAGGUCUUCGGCUGCCCUUAUGAAUCAGCCCUCAGGAGACCCUUCGCGGAGUUCCUGGAGAACGCUAGCCAGCGGGCCCUCGCCGAGCUGCAGGCCGCCGUCACCGCGAAGGCUACGGUGUCGGGCGGACUUGCGCAGCUGCAGAGAAGACUCUGCCUGCGUCGGCCCGCGGGCCAGCCUUGGCACGAGGUGCUGUUCCUGGCCUCCAGCUGCCCAAGCGCCAGCAGUCGCGACAGCUGGGGUGUGCUGUACAUCGCCCAGGAGUUGACUGAUGUGCUGAAAAGCUCUCAGUCAGAGCUCACCAUGCAGGACAGGCUCAUACGAGCUGUGAACGCACCCCUCAUAGCGGUGGACAGGCACGGCUGUGUGGAGGAGUGGAACCGCGGGGCGGAGCUGCUGACGGGCUUCAGCAAGGACGAGGCCUCGGGCAAGCGCCUGGUGCAGCACUUCGUCGCGGAGGAGUUCUCGGACUCGGUGCAGACCAUGCUCACCCAGGGCAUGAACGGCCAGGAGAUCACCAACUACGAGUUCUCGCUGUGGACGAAGAGCGGGCUCAGGAAGGACAUCCUUUGGAGCGCCACCGCGCGCAGGGACAAGAGCAACGGCAUCAUGGGGGUCAUCGGCAUCGGCCAUGACAUCACCGAGCUACGGUGCGAGUCCAAGAUGCUGGCCAACUACGUGCGGAUUUGCGGAGCGGCGGUUUGGUCGCUCAAGGGCAAUGCCAAGACCGGGGUCGUCACAGAUAGCAAGACCCGGGAGAUUGAGCACUUGAUCUCCCAGCAGGCGCAGAUGGACCUGUGCGACCCCCGCAUGGUGCUGUGGCGCGCAUCUUUCGUGUCGAUCCUGAAGACAAUGUGCCAGGAUUUCUGGAUGCGCCGGAAAGGGGCCCAGGAGGGCGCCCCGCCCCCCGAGAAGUCGGAGCGGACGGAGAUCGUGACCACAGACUUCGGCUACGAGUUCUGCUUUGAAGCACCCAAUGGAAGUGUGAAGUGGUACAAGGUGCAGGGGCACCUGAUCCAGGAGUGCACGUUGGGGAGCCAGUUCGAAGUCACCGGGUCCAUGCAGGAGGUCACCUCCAUGCUCAUCGACAAGGUCAUGGGCGACAGGUGGCAGAAGUGGUGGAGCCGUAUGUGCCACAUGGUCUUCGAUGCGACCCUGCUGGUCGACACUCAGGAGUACCGGGUGCUGAAUGCCUGGGGAGAGGAGAAGGUCUUUGGCUGCAAGCUGCAGUCUCACCACCCGCUACUGCAACUCAUCAAGCCCGAGGACACGGUGUCCUUGAAGGAGGCCUUCAACGAGGUGACCUUCAAAGGCUUCGAGCGCGGCAGGACGCUGCACCUGCUGCGCCCGGGGAACUCCCGGGAUACGCCGGCGCAGUGCUUCCUGCUGAGCGCGGACCAGGAGAACCCCAACGAGUGCAUGAUGGGCAUCCGCAUGCAGGUCAGUACCUCGGACGACGUGUCGGUGCUGUGGGAUGUGGCGAAGCCCAAUCCGGUGCUAACGCUGGAAGACUUGGCGCGACUGAAGAGUGGGCUGAAGCGCUCCCACCGCCGGCCCAGCCGCAACUUGCGGAACGUGCACCAACGUUCCCACCGGUCCAGGUCUUCAGAUCCGAUCGCAUCUUCUCAUUCGCUUUCCAGCAUUCCCGAGGAUCUCCAUGGAGAGUUCGAGGACGACGACGAAAGGUCUGUGUCUGACAUGUCGGACAGAGGCUCUGAGGCCGAGAACUCCUUUGCCGACGACAGCGAGAGCAGGUGCUCCAGCUCCGAGCACAGCUCAACCUCCAAUGACGAGGGCAUGUCCGAGGUUGGAGUUUGCAACAGCAGCCCUGCCCGAUCGGCCAGCGAGGACUUUGUCCCUCCUCACGACUGGAGUUCCAACCCAUUCAGCUUGUCGCCGAAGAAGAAGGGCCGCCCCGAUGCCUUCUCGCCCUCUGGGCCAAAGAGCGGAAUGCCGGCCAGGCAGCUGGCUCCCGGGGCCCCGCUGCCGGUGCAAAGGAAGGCCAGAGUUGGACCUCCCACCGUGAAGUUGCGGUGGUCGGGUCAGUCCUUCUCGGUGAACCUGGACGACUUUGCGGCGGUGAGCCAGCUGCGGGAACACAUUCACCAAGUGACAGGUGUGCCUGCAAUUCGCCAGACGCUGAUCCUCGGCGGCCGCAGGCUGCCAAUCAAUGAGGAUGUCUCUCCUCCCCAUGAGCCCUCGUGGCAGGAGAUCAAGGAUUUGGUGCGCCCUGGACAGUGCCUGAUGAUGGCGGGCAGCGCCAUCGGACCGCCCGAUUCAGCACUUGGGAAGCGCACGAGGGAGAGCCCAUGCCCAGAGGAAGCGCCAGCGCAAGAGCCGCAGGCACAGGCUGCGGCUCCCGCCGUGCCCGCCGCUUCUGAGCCAACUUGACGGCAGAUGACGCCUCAUGAACCAACGUCCGAC